AACUAUCUUGACAGUUCUGUUUGGGGACUUUGGUUGUGGUUGUGACAGCGCAGUGGGCGGGAUUUUACCUCAGAUCAGGGGAGAGAGUCUAGUCUUUGGUGAGACUGAGGGGGAGUUAAAGAGAGAAAGGGAUCUGGGGUGCUCUUCAGAGAACGGAAUCUGCAUGCAUGGUGAUCUCCGCCUAUGUGGGUGAUCCUCAGUCACCAUGAAAGACUAGGAGCUCUCCCAGGGAAAUGGCUUGUUUUGUAAUAUCCCUGCCCUGCUACCUGCCAUAUGACUCCAGCUGCCUCUGAAGGGCCUGUCAGCUGUUUAUGGGAACUACCACUGUGUUUGUACUCUUGAGGAAUUAAGCUUUUCCAGGACAACACUUUUGUACCCCCACUGUUGAACCGAAGCAGAAACGCUUUGCAAUAGAGUGGGGAGGCGGCGAGACAAUGGCGAAUAACUCGUACAGUGGGGUGAAGAACUCCAUGGUGGAGGCCAACCAUGAUGGAGAGUUUGGCUGCACACUCAAAGAACUGCGCUCCCUUAUGGAACUGAGAGGCACAGAGGCGAUAAGCAAAAUUGGGGAAACUUAUGAGGAUAUUAAAGGACUCUGCAAUCGGUUAAAAACAUCACCUAUAGAUGGUUUAAGUGGACAGCCUGCAGACAUCGAGAAGCGGAAAACAGUCUUUGGGCAGAAUUUGAUACCGCCCAAAAAGCCCAAAACCUUCUUACAGUUAGUGUGGGAGGCGCUACAGGAUGUCACACUGAUUAUCCUAGAAGUGGCAGCCAUAGUUUCACUAGGCCUUUCUUUUUAUAAACCUCCAGAUGCCGAAAGAGAAUACUGUGGAAGGGCUGCUGGUGGUGUGGAUGAUGAAAAUGAGUCAGAAGCGGGCUGGAUCGAGGGUGCCGCCAUUCUUCUGUCAGUUAUCUGUGUGGUGCUGGUGACUGCAUUCAACGACUGGAGUAAAGAGAAGCAGUUUAGGGGCCUCCAGAGCCGCAUUGAGCAGGAACAGAAAUUUACUGUCGUCCGCGGAGGACAAGUUAUCCAAAUUCCUGUGGCUGAGAUUGUGGUCGGUGACGUUGCACAAAUAAAAUAUGGUGACCUUUUGCCUGCCGACGGAAUCCUCAUCCAAGGCAACGAUCUGAAGAUUGAUGAGAGCUCACUCACAGGGGAGUCGGACCAUGUCAAGAAAACACAAGAAAAAGAUCCAAUGCUGUUAUCAGGCACCCAUGUAAUGGAAGGCUCAGGGAAAAUGCUGGUCACUGCUGUGGGUGUCAACUCUCAAACUGGAAUUAUCUUCACUUUACUUGGGAGUGCCGAGGAUGAUGACGAAGAUGAAGAGGAAAAGAAAAAGGAAAAGGAGGAGAAGAAGAAACAGAGAAAAAACAAGAAGCAGGAUGGUUCUGUGGAAAAUCGUAAGAAAGCUAAAGCACAGGAUGGUGCUGCAAUGGAAAUGCAGCCUCUGAACAGUGAUGAGGGAGGAGAAGCAGAGGAGAAGAAGAAAACCAGCCUGCCUAAGAAAGAGAAGUCUGUUCUCCAGGGCAAACUGACCAAAUUAGCUGUACAGAUUGGCAAAGCAGGACUGGUUAUGUCGGCCAUCACUGUUAUUAUCCUGGUGGUGCUGUUUGUAGUAGACACCUUCUGGAUCCAGAAUCUGCCCUGGAUCAAGGACUGCACACCCAUUUACAUCCAAUUCUUUGUGAAAUUCUUCAUCAUUGGUGUCACUGUUCUGGUGGUGGCUGUUCCCGAAGGCCUUCCACUCGCUGUAACAAUCUCCCUGGCAUACUCCGUUAAGAAAAUGAUGAAAGACAACAAUCUGGUGCGUCACUUGGAUGCCUGUGAGACUAUGGGCAACGCUACCGCUAUCUGCUCGGACAAGACUGGUACACUCACCAUGAACCGCAUGACUGUGGUGCAAGCCUUCAUCGCUGAAAAGCACUACAAGAAGGUCCCCGAACCAGAGAACAUCCCCUCCUCCAUUUUAGACAUCCUGAUUCUGGGCAUCGCAGUCAAUUGCGCCUACACUACUAAGAUCAUGCCUCCAGAGAAAGAAGGGGGCCUGCCACGGCAGGUGGGUAACAAGACCGAAUGUGCCUUGCUUGGCUUUUCUAAUGACCUGAAACGUGACUACCAGGCUAUUCGCAACGAGAUCCCUGAAGAGAAACUGUACAAAGUCUACACCUUCAACUCAGUCCGCAAGUCUAUGAGCACUGUGUUGAAGAUGGCUGAUGGCAGCUACCGUAUGUUCAGCAAAGGGGCCUCAGAAAUUCUCCUAAAAAAGUGCUGUAAAAUCCUGACAGCAAAUGGUGAGUCCAAGGUGUUUCGCCCUCGGGACAGAGAUGACAUGGUUAAGAAAGUGAUUGAGCCCAUGGCCUCAGAGGGCCUGAGGACCAUCUGCCUAGGAUACAGAGAUUUCCCUGCCUCUGAGGGUGAGCCUGACUGGGACAAUGAAAAUGAUAUCCUCAGUGGACUGACCUGUGUCUGCGUGGUGGGCAUUGAAGACCCCGUGAGACCCGAGGUCCCAGACGCCAUCAGGAAAUGCCAGCGUGCUGGCAUCACGGUGCGGAUGGUGACUGGGGACAACAUCAACACAGCUCGAGCCAUUGCCACCAAGUGUGGCAUCCUACAGCCUGGAGAUGACUUCAUCUGCCUGGAGGGCAAAGAGUUCAACCGAAGGAUACGCAAUGAAAAAGGAGAGAUUGAACAAGAACGCAUUGACAAGAUCUGGCCCAAACUACGAGUACUGGCUCGUUCUUCCCCCACAGACAAACACACCUUAGUGAAAGGUAUUAUUGACAGCACAGUGAUGGAACAGAGACAAGUAGUUGCAGUGACAGGAGAUGGUACCAAUGAUGGUCCUGCUUUGAAGAAAGCUGAUGUUGGCUUUGCUAUGGGUAUUGCCGGCACAGAUGUAGCCAAGGAGGCAUCUGACAUCAUCCUGACUGACGACAAUUUUUCCAGCAUCGUCAAAGCCGUCAUGUGGGGACGCAACGUCUACGACAGCAUCUCCAAGUUCCUCCAAUUUCAGCUCACUGUCAAUGUGGUGGCUGUCAUUGUAGCAUUUACAGGAGCCUGCAUCACACAGGACUCUCCACUGAAAGCAGUACAGAUGUUAUGGGUCAACCUCAUCAUGGACACCUUUGCUUCACUAGCCCUGGCCACAGAGCCCCCCACAGAAGCCCUGCUGCUAAGGAAGCCAUAUGGCCGCAACAAGCCUCUCAUCUCCCGCACCAUGAUGAAGAACAUCCUGGGCCAGGGCGUGUACCAGCUAAUCAUCAUCUUUACUCUGCUCUUUGCCGGAGAGAAAGUGUUUGACAUUGACAACGGCAGAAAUACGCCGCUCCAUGCCCCUCCCUCUGAACACUACACCAUUGUCUUCAAUACCUUUGUGAUGAUGCAGCUUUUCAACGAGAUCAAUGCCCGCAAGAUCCAUGGUGAAAGGAAUGUCUUUGAAGGCAUCUUCAACAACCUUAUCUUCUGUAGUAUUGUCUUUGGCACCUUUAUUAUCCAGAUCGUCAUAGUGCAGUUCGGAGGGAAGCCGUUCAGCUGCGUGGCUCUGACUGUCGACCAGUGGCUGUGGUGCACUUUCUUAGGCUUUGGCUCUCUACUAUGGGGACAGGUGAUCUCCUCGAUACCCACCAGCCGCUUAAAAUUCUUGAAAACAGCCGGCCACGGCACCCAGAAAGAGGAGAUCCCAGACGAGGAGCUGGACGAGCUGGACGAGAUGGAAGAGAUAGAUCAUGCUGAACGGGAGCUUCGCCGAGGCCAGAUCCUCUGGUUCAGAGGCCUCAAUCGCAUCCAGACUCAGAUGGAUGUAGUGAGUGCGUUCCAGAGUGGAACUUCCUUUCAGGGGGCUCUAAGGCGGCAGGCCUCCAACUCCAGCCAACAACAGCACGAUAUCCGGGUGGUGAAUGCAUUCCGCAGCUCCAUCUCCCUCUAUGAGGGGCUGGAGAAGCCCGAGUCGCGAACAUCAAUCCACAACUUCAUGACCCACCCCGAAUUUCGGAUAGAGGACUCUGAGCCCCAUAUUCCCCUCAUAGACGACACCGACGCAGAAGACGACGCUCCCACCAAGCGCAACUCAGCCAGUCCCCGCAACGCCACGCCCACGCCGCCCUCACCCACGCUUGCCACUGUCGCCCCCACCACGCCGGUCUCUCCCUCCCCAAACCAGAACAAUAACGCUGUGGAGAGCAGUAACCAUCUCCUCCCAGAGGGCCCCAAAUCAGGAACCCCCUCGGCCCCAGGGAGCCCCCUACACAGCCUGGAGACCUCCCUUUGAUCUGACCCCGCUCCACACGUCACCACCACUUUUCUGCCCACCACCAAGGAGCUCAACUCAGACAAAACGAACGAACACUUGGAGAGGAGAGACGGAGGGCUAGAAGGAGAGCGGAGUCUUGUGAGAGCUUGGCUUGGGCUGGACUAAAAGAACAGCAAACAUUCAGAGGAAUGUACGGCUUGGUGUGGAUGCUUUGGUCUUUUAUUUUUGGUUCUUAUUAAUACCCCACUGCAACACAAGGACUCUGUCUCAACCCCUCCCUCCUUGGUAACUUUUGUUUUUCUCGGUAAACAAGGGGUGAUUAUAAACUCAGAUUGAAAGUGACCUGUUUUUAUUAUUCUAUUGUUGUUGUUAUUAUUAUUAUUAUUAUUAUUAUUAUUAUUAUUAUUAUUAUUAUUUUAAUUGAGAAGGGGAGGUGGUCCUCCUGGCUUGAAGAUUGUCUGUAAGAAUUAUGAAAGAACCUUUAGCUUCUCUUUUAUCUGAAUGGUGUUGUAUAUUUAUCACUUUGGCCCUUGCUCAUUCAAAACUUACUUCUGCUCCAUUGGCUGUUAAUAUUUUGAGUUAUUUAUGUUUUUGGAAAAAGCAGGUCUGUUUACAAAGUUUGUAGAUACUUUUUUUCUGUUUGUAGGCAAAAGAGCUUCCUGAUGUAUGAUGCAGAAAACUGGGACAGAAUAAAAAAUGAAUGAGAGGAUUAUUUCAGAUACUGCUGUAUUUUCAGGAAAAAAGGGUGUUUCUAUUGAAACUUAACUAUUUUUGCCUGCAAGUUUUAUUUGUUAUAUAUUUGUAGAUAAAUGUAGAACCUUCUAGCCAAACCAAUAAACACUAAGGCUUGUAUAGAAAAGAGGUCCAUGGGGCGAGGUGUUUUCACAGGAGAUGGGACGGGAAAGACUAUUAAGGCCUCUGUCCAUUAACGUUGCUAUAAAUAUUUACUUCUUCCAUUUCUUCGAUAGUUUUCAUGUGCACAAAACCUUCUGGAGUUCUGGAUUCUCUUUUCAUUCAUUAUGUUGUGUUCAAGGAUUUCCACAUGUUGAAAGGUUAACUCAUUAAAGGGAGUUAAGAAUUUUUCUGGGCCCGUAUUUAGCAAGCAUCUCAGGAUGACACCUAGAAUCAUGCUGUAAGUUGGACUAGGAAACAAAGUCUUACCUCGGAGUUGUGACAUGAGGUCCUUUUUUAUGAAGUCACUUUUCAGCAGGAAGUUGAAGUUCUCCUUUUAGACUUUUGUGGUUUUACAACACUUUGGACCGUAAAAUUAAAAUGUCUUUUUGUAGUAGUUAUUAGUUACAUUCAAAAGAGGCUGAUUCAGAUUAUAUGAUGCGGGAAAAAGAAAAUAGCUUCCCUCGUGGGUGUAUGACAAGCUAAUUUAUGCACGUUAAGGCUAAAAAUUUGUUUUUGCCAAAACUCAUAAAAGCACUAUAAUGACUUACAGUUAAAAAGCUUGUUUGUUUUUGUUUUUUUACGACCACUUGAGUUCAAACCAGCGCUGUGUUGUGAGCUAUUCAGCCAGUGCACCUAUUUAUUGUUCAAUAAGACGUUCAUAUAGACUAAACGUGAAUGUGCCUUGGCUACAAUAACAAUUUAGACGAUGCUUUGUCCCAUCAUUUGCCACCUGCAGGUAACUGUUACUCCUACAGCUAAAAGUAGGACCAAAUAAGCCUCAUUCUGAGCCAGUUAUGACUGAGUUUCUCUCUCUGGGUGCUUGAUAAAUAUGGACCCUGGUCGUCAUUUGUUUAAAAAAAAAAAACAACAAAAAAAAAACAGUUUUUAAAUUGGUGCAUUUAAUUUCUAUUUUUGUUUUUCUCAGCAAAGCGUUAGCCCCCUGCCAAUGUACAAUAUUGUAAUUUGUUUACUCAGGCAUAGAAAAAGUAUUUAAUUUAAAAGGAAUCUAUAAAUAAAGAACCUUUUAACUUCAGACUUUGUGUAUUUAGAUAGUAAAACAUUGUCUUGGUCAAAAAAAGCAAGUGAAUUAUUUUCAUAUUUCAUUCAAUCUUUAAGAUCACGCCUUAGGAAAAACUUUAUUUUACUCCUCCGAGUUCUGGUUUGUUGACAUUUUAAAAAUCAAAAACAAAAAGGCUUAUUUUUUUCUUCGACCCUGCCCAUAAGACUCCUUUCAGCAUGAAUAAAUGUUGCUGCAUUUGAUUUGUUUGUAAAAUAUUUUUGACACCUGAUGUACUGGAAACGCUAAAGAAUUGGACAUGUGCAUUUUUCAAGAAUAAAGACUAGGCAUACACUGGUAUCUAUCUGCACAGGGUACUUUAUUUCAUAGCGUUCCUUGGGGGAAAAAGAAUUUUGAUACAAAUCAUAAUAAAAAUGUACCUUUGUAUUUUUAUGACGAUACUGAUGAUACCUUUCAUCAUACUAAAUCAAUUUUGGAUGAUUUGACACCAAUCACGUUAUAUGGCGAUGGUUUUGGCCACUAAAAUGUGUGUUGUUCUGGCAUAAUAAUCUCAGGGUGCAAAUGGUGUGAAAGAGAACAGGCCUCUUAUAGUUUGUAUAUUACCACACUUAAUUCAACGUUUGGGACGGUGCUUGUCAACCACACAGGAUGACUCGGGCAGCAGGCUGCAGAUUCUACCUGCAGCCUUCUGGCCGUCUUCACCUGAAGGGCUGUGGACAGGGGAAGAGGACAGUGGAGAUGUUAAAUCACAAUGUUCUCUGAGGAAAUAGUUUGUUUUCCUUGUUUUACAGAUGAAAAAAAUAGCAGCUAGGAUUGCAUACAAAGUGAGAAAUUGAAAAGACAAGCGGAAUCCAUAUGAGGAGUUUGUUCUGUAGCUUCUUCCUGUAAUGGGAAUGAAUGUUUUUUCCAUCUGUUUUAUGGAUUAUUAUUUUUUUAUCUUUUAACAUUUGGAAAUAAAAGUACUUCAUGUCUGUUUAUCUUGAACAUUUUAAAUUGAUAUCGUGAUUGGAUUUACAUUUGAAACUUGUCGAGUAAUGUGUAUGGUUUUUAAAAAUAAAAAAUGUAUUUAGCCUAA